AACUGCUCACCGUCCAGAUACUACACUACCGAUCAUGUUCACUUCUGUGGUGUUAAUGAGUAUACUGGUGGCCGCAGGUGUGGCUCUCCCAGGGGGAUACCAACAACCCUCCUAUGCUCCGAUUCCUUACAAUUUCAACUAUGACGUCAACGCUGGAGCCACCAACUUUGGCCAGCAAGAGAGUGGUAACGGUGGCAACGCCAAGGGCUCCUACUGGGUCCAACUACCAGACGGUCGACUCGAGAGAGUUGAUUACUGGGCUGACGGUAGUGGAUAUCAUGCUACCGUGUCCUUCCAGGGCACUGCCAAGCAUCCCAGCUAUGCUCCAUCUUAUGGUUACUAACUGAUGCCUAUGUUGUUACUGAUAAUUAACCUUGA